ACAGUUUCAUUUUUUUUUUAUUUUUUACUGUGGCUGGAGGGUCAAUCCUGCCACCAACCCUCAAGUAUUCCUCGCAAAUUGGAGGCAUUCCUGCUUGCAAGGCUGGGUGUAGAUUAAAAGCAGCAGAUAUCAAAUUAAAUUAAAGGUUAAAACGGAUUCCACAGAUGACAGCCGUACGCAUGCGCAAAAGCCGCUCUGUACAUCGCGUACAGUUUCGCGCUCACCUUUUGGAACGCACACUAGACCAAAGGACACGCCCAUUUCACUUCGGGCUGCAGCAAUACCCUUGACGACCCCGCAGACGGAAGUGACGAAUUUGCCCUGCGGGUACCUCGAAGACCACUUUGGUGUGGUGGCGUCUUUUGGGCAGAAGCACUGAAAAACUGAGGCAGACCAUCAAUCACCCCUCCGUGCUCAUACCACUGCAGUGAGAUGCCAAGGCUGCUUGAACUGACCCGAGUGUAUCGUGGCAUCAGUCGCGUCAGAGCCAUGUGGGGGAUGCCACGAGCUUUUAGCACUGGCCGGUUCACUCUUUCCAUCCCCCAGAGGCUGGUACAAGCAAAUGAAGUGGCAGCGAUGAACGGAGAAACGGUCAGCUUCCCCUUCUCCAGGUCUCUUAUCGGCACUUUCUUCCAAGACAGGCCCAUCUUGGGAAAUCCGUUUCUAGAGGAUGUGCCAUUGCAGAGUUAUCUGAGGAGACAUUUACCUCCUGAGGUUCUGAAUGGAGUGCAGGCCGAGCUGAUGAACUUCGGACAAAGAGUGUGCAACGAGGUCGAUGCCCUCGGCCGGCAGUGUGAGGAAAACCCCCCGCGGCUGCAGCAAUACAACUCCUGGGGGCGCAGAGUGGACCAUAUUGUGACCUGUCCAGCCUGGGGGCAAUUGAAGGACAUUUCAGCUGAAGAGGGGCUGGUGGCCACAGGAUAUGAACGACGAUACGGAGAGUGGAGCCGUCUUCUGCAGAUUUCAAAGUUGUACCUGUUUGCACCCUCUGCUGGCCUCUUCACGUGCCCCUUGGCCAUGACUGACGGAGCUGCAAAGGUCCUUGAGUCGCUUGCUGCAUCAGGACCUUUGGAAAAGCCAUUUGAAAGACUCACUUCCCGGGAUCAGAAGCAGUUUUGGACAUCAGGCCAGUGGAUGACUGAACGGAAAGGAGGUUCUGAUGUCGCUGGAGGAACAGAGACAGUAGCCAAAGUGCAGCCAGAUGGCACCUACCGACUGUAUGGAUACAAAUGGUUUACAUCUUCCACCAACUCAGAAAUGGCACUGACCCUUGGAAGGGUGGUGGACAGCCAAGGCCUUACCACAGAGGGCAGCAAAGGGUUAUCCCUGUUCUACCUUCCGGUUCGCGAUGAAGAUGGAAAUCUGAACAAUCUUGAGGUUCAAAGACUCAAGGACAAGCUUGGCACGAGGCAGGUGCCCACAGCCGAACUGCUGCUGGACGGUACAAAAGCAUACUUGAUCUCAAAGGAAGGAAGGGGUGUGGCAUCCAUUUCUGACAUGCUGACCAUAACCCGCAUUCACAAUGCCAUCUGUGCGGCUUCAGGCAUGAGGAGGAUCAUUCACUUGGGGCGAGAGUAUGCCACAAAGCGGUUUGUGUUUGGAAAGUACCUUAAAGACCACCCUCUCCACAUGCAGACUCUGGCCAGAAUGGAGGUGGAGACGCGGGGUGCAUUCUUACUGGUAAUGGAACUCGCUCGGCUUCUGGGACGGGAGGAGACGGGCUCUGCCACUGAGCUGGAGCGGCACCUGCUGCGCCUUCUCACACCCAUUGCUAAACUCUAUACAGGCAAACAGGCAAUUGCUGUGAUUUCUGAGGGUCUGGAGUGCUUUGGGGGCCAGGGCUACAUGGAGGACACUGGAUUGCCAUCCAUGCUGAGAGAUGCACAGGUGCUGAGUAUCUGGGAAGGCACAACCAACAUCUUAUCUCUCGAUGUCCUUCGUUCCCUGGUGAAAAGUCAAGGACAAGUGCUGCAGGCCUACUUCACGGAUGUCAAGAAUAAGCUGGAGGUGGCAUCCCAGAAUCCAGCGCUGGCCGUUCCCGUGGGGGCUUUGAGCGGCUCACUUCAGAGACUGAAGCAGUUUAUACAGAUCUCCAUGGAACGCGGUCCCGAUUUUAUGGAGCUCUCGGCACGCGACUUUUCCUACAGCCUGGCCCGCAUUUACAUGGGCACUCUGCUCUCAAGCCAUGCCGCCUGGGAGGGCUCCUCUUCAUCCGACGUCUAUGCUGCUCAAAGAUGGUGCGAGCAGGAGUUGUGUCCCGUUUCGAGCAAUGAGAAGACACGCUGCUACGACAAAGAGGCCUUCACCCGAGACACUACCUUGGUUUACGACAGCAGCGCCCAAACCCAUGGAUGACUAACAAUUCAGUGCUGCUCUCGCCUCCUCUCAUCUGGGGGUCUACCAAGUUAAUGAAAUAUGAAAAGGAAACUGGGCUGUUUGACUUGAUUUGUGCCUCCCUUUACAAAAUAAAUUGCUUUAUUAGCUCCAUUAUUAGUGUAAAAAAGGGAUAGGACUGGUUAGCUUGGUUGGGCCAGAUGGCCCGUUAUCUUCCAGAUCUUUCUAAUAAUGUGAAUUUUUAAAGUACCUUAUGUACAAACUGUUCUUAUAUCUGGACAUCCAGCCAUCCAUCCAUUUUCCAACCCGCUGAAUCCGAACACAGGGUCACGGGGGUCUGCUGGAGCCAAUCCCAGCCAACACAGGACACAAGGCAGGAACCAAUCCCGGGCAGGGUGCCAACCCACCGCAGUUAUAUCUGGACAGUGGUAGCAAAAACAGAAUAUGUACAGAGCACAUUUAUUUACUAGAAGCCGCACAAUUUGUGCUCUGAAUUUUUAGAAAAUCAACAUUAAUAAA